AUGUCUCCUCGCCAAAAAGAUGAACCCAUCACUUCUCAUGAAGAUUCCGACUCUUACUCUAUCCACAGUACAGGUAGUUCCAUCUCACACUUACCACCUUCGAAUCUCGCUCCAAUUGCCUCACAUAUCUCCAAUACACAAGAUGCACCAAUUCAACAAACGCACUCGAAUAUAUUCAUCCAUGAUUCUAUAUAUGAUCGCAUUCCUCCCAAGCGCAAAAUGGUCAUUGUGGCUUUACUUUCUUUUUGUAGUUUUCUGGCUCCCAUUAGUAGUACCACCGUAUUGGCGGCAGUGCCAGAGGUGGCCUCUACCUAUGGAACUACCGGUACUAUCAUCAAUUUAAGUAAUGCGCUGUAUAUGUUAUUCAUGGGGAUUAGUCCAUUGGUAUGGGGACCAUUGAGUCAGGUUUAUGGAAGGAAAUGGAUUUCCCUCAUCACAUCCGCUCUCUUUACAGCAUGCUCAAUUGGCACCGCUCUCGCUCCUAAUCUCCUCGCCUUUUUUAUCUUUCGUAUCUUGACAGCCUUUCAAGGAACUUCUUUCUUAACCAUUGGCGCUGCAUGUAUUGGGGAUAUCUAUCGCCCAACGGAACGUGGAACGGCCAUGGGAUGGUUUCUUUCCGGUACACUUAUUGGUCCUGCACUUGGUCCUUUCAUCGGUGGUAUAAUCGUAACAUUUCAAUCCUGGCGUGUGAUUUUCUGGCUUCAAACUGCAUUAGCGGCAUGUGCUGUACUCGGAGCGUACUUCCUACUCCCAGAAACCAUUCAUCGAAUGAAGAAAGAUGAAUUGGUGGGGAUGAAUUGGAAGAGGAAAGCUAGUGUAUUGUGGGGAAUGUUGAAUCCGUGGAGAGUCGUUAGACUUUAUAAGUAUCCGAAUUUGAUCAUGGUGGCGUUGGCUAGUAGUAGUUUGGUUUGGAAUAUGUAUUCACUUUUGACUCCUAUCCGCUACAUCCUCAACCCACGCUUCAGCCUCACCACCCCCAUCCAAUCCGGACUUUUCUACCUCGCCCCAGGUUUCGGCUACAUCGUCGGAACCUUCUUCGGCGGACGCUACUCAGACCACAUAACCAAUAAAUACAUGCAAAUCCGAGGAACACGCAUCCCAGAAGAUCGACUCCGAUCCGCGCUUCCCUUCCUAGGUAUCGUCAUCCCAGCUUGCAUGCUCCUUUACGGCUGGUCCGUAGAAAAAGAUUUCGGAGGUAUCCCUCUCCCCGUCAUCAUGAUGUUCAUCCAAGGCGUGGCACAACUCUUCUGUUUCCCCAGUCUGAAUACGUAUUGUUUGGAUGUGAUGCAAAGAAGUGGUGCGGAGGUUAUUGCGGGGAAUUAUAUGAUUCGGUAUAUUUUUGCAGCGGUGGGGACGGCGACGGUUUUGCCGGCUGUGGAGAGGAUGGGGGUGGGUUGGUUUUCGACGAUUAGUGCGGGGUUUCUUGUUGCGAGUAGUUUGGCGACUUGGGCCGCGGUUAGGUGGGGAAAAGGGUGGAGGGAGAGAGUGGAUGGGAGGAGUGGGGGGAGCGGGAGGGUGGGGAAGGAUGGUGGUAAGGGGGAGAAACAGGUGGAUUUGGAGAUGGGGGAUGGUGGGAAGGAAAAGCAGAAUGAGAAGGGGAAGGUGGUGUUGGGACGUGAGGAUGAUUUAGUUUGA